ACUUUUUUUUUUGUUUGUUUGUUUUUUAUGCGUGCUUGCAGUACGUGCCUGGAUAAUUUGUGGAUAAAAUUAUUGACUGGAAUCUGGGCUGUUGCAGUUGUACUUGGGAGGGGGAGAGAGGGAGAGAGGAGAGAAGAAAGCAUCCCCCCUCUGCCGACCCUCCUUGCUCCCCCUCCCCACAUUUUCUUUUUCUUUUUUUUUUUUUUUCCUCCCCCCUUGUUGGAUUCGGACAUUUAAUGUGCUGAAUGAACUGGAAUUGCUUUCCGUGCGAGGAGGAUGGUUGCUGUUACUUUGUGACGAGAACGGGAAUGAAUUGCUCGGUUUAAAAAUGCUGCUUUGGAUUCUGUUGCUGGAGACGUCUCUUUGUUUUGCUGCUGGAAACGUUACAGGGGACGUUUGCAAAGAGAAGAUCUGUGCCUGCAACGAGAUAGAAGGGGAUUUGCACGUAGACUGUGAGAAAAAGGGAUUUACCAGCCUGCAACAUUUCACUGCCCCGACAUCCCAGUUUUACCAUUUAUUCCUGCAUGGCAAUUCCUUAACUCGACUUUUCCCUAAUGAGUUUGCUAACUUUUACAAUGCAGUUAGUUUGCACAUGGAAAACAACGGUUUGCAUGAGAUUGUUCCUGGGGCUUUCCUUGGGCUGCAGCUGGUGAAACGCUUGCACAUAAACAACAACAAGAUCAAAUCAUUCAGGAAGCAGACUUUCCUGGGGCUGGACGAUCUGGAAUACCUCCAGGCAGAUUUUAAUCUAUUGCGGGAUAUUGACCCGGGAGCAUUUAGGGACUUAAACAAACUGGAGGUGCUGAUUUUAAAUGACAAUCUUAUCAGCACCUUGCCCCCCAACGUGUUUCAGUAUGUGCCCAUCACCCACCUCGACCUCCGGGGAAAUCGUCUUAAAACCUUGCCUUACGAGGAGGUCCUGGAGCAGAUCCCAGGAAUUGCUGAAAUCCUGCUAGAGGAUAACCCUUGGGACUGCACUUGCGAUCUGCUGUCGUUGAAGGAAUGGCUGGAGAACAUACCCAAAAAUGCUUUGAUCGGCAGAGUGAUUUGUGAGGCUCCCACUAGGUUGCAGGGCAAAGAUUUAAAUGAGACCACAGAGCAAGAGCUGUGCAAAAAGAACAGAGUGGAUUCUAGCCUAGCUGCUCCCCCUGCCGAGGAAGAAACCUGCGAUCCUGGUCCUAUUCCAACUCCCUUUAAAAUACAUGGCAAAGAAGACCCUGCCACACCAGGAUCUGGUCCAAGCGGAGGUACAAAGAUUCCUGUCAACUGGCAAAUUAAGACCAGACCCACUGCUGCUGUGUCAACAGUUAGCGUGAAGAACAAGCUACCAGCUACAGUGUCCUGCCCACAGAUCUGCAGCUGUGAUCAGAUCCCUGGCUCGGGUUUAAAGGUUAAUUGCAAUGACAGGAACGUGAGCAGCUUGGUGGAUUUGAAGCCCAAGCCAUCCAAUGUGCAGGAGCUGUUCCUGAGAGACAACAAAAUACACACCAUCAGGAAACCCCACUUUCUGGAUUACCGGAAACUUAAUCUACUCGAUCUGGGCAACAACAACAUUGCCACUGUAGAGAACAACACCUUUAAGAAUCUCUUUGAGCUCCGAUGGCUCUACAUGGAUAGCAACUACUUAGACACCCUGUCCCGGGAGAAAUUUGCUGGGCUGCAAAACCUGGAGUACCUGAACGUGGAGUUUAAUGGCAUCCAGCUGAUCAUGCCUGGCACCUUCAAUGCAAUGCCCAAACUGAGAGUCCUCAUCCUCAACAACAACCUGCUGAGGUCUCUCCCAGUAGAUGUGUUUGCUGGGGUCUCGCUUUCCAAGCUGAGCAUACACAACAAUUAUUUCAUGUACCUUCCAGUGGCAGGGGUGCUGGAUCAGCUCACCUCCAUCACCCAGAUCGAUCUGCAUGGCAACCCAUGGGACUGUACUUGCCCUAUCGUGCCUUUCAAACAGUGGGCAGAGAUGCUGCGCCCCAAGGUGAUUAUGAGUGACCUGAGGUGUGAGUCCCCCGAAGAUUUCUUCAAGGAGGAUUUCGAGUCUCUCUCCAACGACGUUAUUUGCCCUCAGUUAAAAAUCUCGCCCACAUUAACUUCUACUAAUAAAAACAGCACCGGCUUGACAGAGACAGGUACUCACUCCAACUCCUACUUGGAGACCAGCCGUGUCUCUAUUUCGGUGCUAGUGCCAGGGCUCCUGCUGGUUUUUGUGACCUCUGCCUUCACGGUGGUUGGCAUGCUGGUGUUCAUCCUGAGGAACAGGAAGCGGUCCAAGAGGAGGGAUGCCAACUCCUCUGCAUCCGAAAUCAACUCUUUGCAGACCGUCUGCGACUCGUCCUACUGGCACAACGGGCCCUACAGUGCUGACGGGGCCCACAGGGUUUACGACUGCGGCUCACACUCGCUCUCGGACUGAGGCGGCGGGCGGGACGGGAGCGGCCUCCACCCGGGACCGGGACCGGCCCUUCGCUCUCUGCGUGUGGGGAGGCAGCGCCAUCCGGGGACUCCUCUGCACCUCAGCGACCUUCGGUGGGAAACAGCAGAACACACGCACGCCUCCC